AUGAAAAGAUAUCACCAAUGGAGGUGCUUUACGUCGCCAAGCAGCUUUGAAACAACUAUUUCUGGAUGUCGUAUACGAGAUUAUAUAAAAGAAAAAGAAUUGACACGAUUACGUUUCACCGACACUUCAGCAAAAGGCGAACAACAGUGCCUUGGAAUUCGUCAUACACUGGCCACCUUAUCAAACCAUAUCACAUUGGAUUUUGAUGCUUUAGAUGCCGUCUCGUCACGAAUCAGCAGUUCUGACGAAGAAUUUAUAUUAUCUGCCCCUAGAUACCCAAAGGUAUCCUUCUUCCCCGAUGGACAUAUCAACACUUCGUUGUCCAAGCGUGGAUUAUACAGCGAUUUCAUUCGUGAUGCUAGGGAAUGUCGUACUGAUGAGGUUAUUUUUACCAGGCGACUGCACCCGAUUCGCGCCGCUCGUGGUCGAAUUAAGAAAGAAAUAGACAUCAAGAAGCUCCAGCGUGAAUUAGAUAAUCGACUUGUGGAAAUUAUUGGGUUAUCAACCCCUUCUGAAUUGGUUGCGAUGUUACGCCAGAUGUGUUUGCUGGAUCUUUCUAUCCGUGCCAACCAUUUGGGUGAGGUCGCCAAAAAGCUCCUUAAGGGCGUAGGUUCUAUGGCCACAAAUGAGCUCAUCGAGACAGGAUUUUUGUUGAUGAGUUACAUGGAUUGCCAUUCUGAAUCGAUACGUCUUUUGCUUAGCGGCAUUGGUGCCUGCGUGGGAAAACGGUCCAACUCCCUUGCAUGUUUGCCUGCCGUUGAGAUACUAAAAUUAAUGCGUCCCGUUAUACAGAUGCAACUUUCAUAUCCGUCUACCACGUGGAGCAUUUUAACUAAUCAUCAGCUCUUGCAACAAUUGGUUUCGCACUCCGGGUUACUAGACACCAAUGAGGCAGCGGAGCUUUUCACUCUAUUAACGGUUUCCAAUUCCACAGUUCAACUACCGGAAAGUGUUUCUGCAUCAAGAAGGCUUAUCGCCGAACGUUUGGUGGAUGAAGUGACUAAUAUAACAGAAAGGAGUAUGCAUAGAUUGUUAGCCGUAACUAAUAUGUUUGAGUCGGAAUUUCCUAAACUUACCAAGACCUUGUACCAUAACUCGAUAAGUCGUGCAAAUUCAAUGCGUCCCACCGUCCUGGCUUCUGCUUACUUGCGUAUGCCUUCAAAGAGUGAAGUGGCGCAGGAAUUCCACAAUACGGUUGGUCGAAGAUACGGUGAGAUCGCCACAAAAGUAUUAGUGGAUCUAUAUUGUAACUUCCUUCAGGACGGUACGCGCAGUACGAGACAACUAAGAACUUUUGAGUGGGCUUUGUCAAAAAAACGUUCAACGUUGUCUAUGCAGGAUAUGUCGAAUAUUUUAAUCUAUCAUAGCACGCACGGCCGUUUCCCGUCGCGUCUUAACGAUGUUAUAAAACUGAGAUUUUCAGAUUUGAAGCGUGAGGGUGCUACAAAAUACGACGAGAUAUUGGACGUUGUUCUCUCGAUGUCUCUUGUAGGACUGCACAACCAUGUUGGUGUAUGGGAUGCUGUGGAUUUACCGUAUUUGGUUUAUUCCACGCCAACUAACAUUUUAGUUUAUUUGGCUUAUGCUUUACUCAUAACGGGGGAGAGGAACAAAGGCAUUUGGGCUAUACUACUAGAGAGGAUGUUAUACGAGCCCAAAACAUAUUCACACGAAUUGUACGAGGUAUUGAUGGUGGCUAAGGUUUUCGGCAUAUUUGUCGACGACACAAGAACUCAGCUGUUAAAUCGCGCAUCUUGGGUGUUGCAACACACCAAGUCGCAACAUUAUGCCAAGGUGUCGAGGCAGAGAUACCAAUCCACCGCUCCACUUGAUCACGCAUUGAACCUUAUAGGUUUGCAAUAUGUAAAGUGUGUUAUGAUCGAUGAACUUUACGAGGCACCGUUUUACAUCGCAUCGCACAAGAUAAUUUUGGAUCCUCUGCGAGAGUCGUACUUGCAUGUCACUACUGGUCUUGAAGUAGGUGAGGUACAUUUGCGCCACAGUGUGUGGCACAAACAAGGAUAUCGCCCUUUCCCGCUGAAUGAGGGUUCGCUGAGAAGAUUUCAGGAUGAUGUAACCAAGGAAUGGAAUGUCCCGGCUCUGUCUGAUUUCAUAUGUAAGGUCAUUAAAAUGGAGAAAUACAGUCCCUUACGUGGUACGUUCUGCCGUUCAUUAAUGAGUCAUGCAAUUUAG